AUUGGCCGCGCGAGCCCGCCGCCGCCGCCACCGCCGCCGCCGCCGCUGCCCCGCCGCCGCCCCGCCGCCGACGACAGAGGCCCACACGCACCACGAGACGCGAGCGGCUAGCAGUGUGAGAGAGUACAGACAACAUCAUGGGGAAGAACGACUGCUGCUGCGGAAAGUACAAUGCCCGGGAGGGCACCAAGUUCAUCGCCAUCGCAUCGAGCAUUCUGUCGGCCCUCUCCAUAGCUGGAUGCAUUUGGGAACUCAUGAAGCUGAUGAGGGCUCAAUCGGAAAUUGAGCGUCUGAUCGGCUCCCUGGAGAAUCUGGGCAACACCCUGCAGCAGAUGGGCGGAGAGUUCACGUCCAACACCAACUCACGCCAAACCGCCAGCGAUGCUUUCUACCAGAGGAAGCUCAUGGUUGGAGUGUGUCUCGGAGUCGUUGUCGUCAGCCUGCUUACCGCCAUUGCUCUGUUCUUCGCCGCCAAAAAGAACAACCGCUACCUCGCCCUGCCCUACAUGAUCUGGACCAUCAUCCUUCAGAUCGUCUACGGCAUCGGCAUUGCCGGCUUGAUCUUCCUGCUGGUUGUUGGCGACUGGAAUAACAGCGAGAACGAUAUCAUCCAGACUAUCGUCGCUCCACUGGUGGGCGCAAUCAUCACCUUUGUUCUCAACACAUGGUGGCUGAUUGUGGUAUUCAACUUCUACAAUCUGCACAGGGAUGGCCAGGCUUUCGACAGUAUUCCCAUGCAGACCGCCUAAGAGGGAUGAAGGUUUUGCGAGAGCUGCGGAGAAGUCAAAUGGUAAAGGAGAAAAGAUGAGGCAGCACCGGGAGGAAUGAAGUCAAAGCGUGCGAGAUCUGAGGAUGAUGAGUGGAGGUUGAGUCGAGACAUACGAGACACAAGAUCAGAUCUCGCAGGUCUGAGAAGUGGCCGUGGGACUGUGAGCCUGCAGGGUGGGAACGGGGGGGGGGGGGGCCGUUCAGAGAAGCUGAUUUGCGGCACUGUCAGGAUUCUGUUUUUGUUUGUGGGUAAGUUUCACACGCACUGAGGUCAGUCCUUUGCGCAUCUAGGAUUGUGAUUUUGGGCGUUGAAUUUCAAAGAUUGUGGACCGAGGAUAUUGGUGUGGCUAAACCCAGGAAGUUUGUCUGGUUAUGUGGCUGUCGUCUCUAUAUCGUCAGGCAGUAGCCGCUCGACUGAAAUCCGUGACGUCUCGUAGGACGUCGCGUAAGCCAGCUAACGCGCCAUUGCUGUAGGGAAUCUCGGCGUGCGAAAACUGCUAGCUUUUCCUCUCUGUAUAGAUAAGAUUUGAGCUCGUAGUGCGACUGAAUGGUGAGCGAUGUUGCAUUGUGAACCUUAGGCAUGCUAUCUUUCGCCACGCCUGGGGGUUGACCGCACAGACAGCCAUGCGAUUCUUACACAGUGCGCUUACUGUGAGCGCAGGUAGCAUUAGUCAGGUGAGCUUGCCGUUUUGGGGUCGGCACCGCCGUUUGACAUUUCGCUCGGCAGAUGGCGCCACCUCGGACCGAGCCUGAACCGUUUGUGAGCAAUGAGCAUUUCAGCUCAGCUGUCACUGACAGGUCAUCUGCUACUGUCAGCUGAUUAUCGCCAGAAUCUCUCAGCGACCGCACUUUUCGUAAUGCAACACGUUUUCGCUAGCAAGAAGCGCACCUGUCUUUUGAUAUUAUUUUGCCACCCUUGGCACACGUGUAGCUGCUGCAUUUUAUCACAGGCCUGCACUUGUACUUCUGUUUUAGUUGAUUGCCAGACCUAUCCACCAGUCAACUGCUAUGCAGUUGCUAGACUACACGCAUCGUCGGUUGCGUUUACAAGCUUUGACACAAUCGUUAGAUAAGGAGUACUUACACAUAUUCGCCGCGUACACGCUUCUAGAGUCUCUUACAUCAUCUUACUGAUACCACACUACCAGCCUCUCUAUACGCGUGCGCGUAUUGUGCCAGACCCCAAGGGAUCCCACAGAUCCCCAAAGGGUUCGGCGUGGUGUCACAACCAAUCUCAUCUCGCUUUGACUAUCGAUCGGCCGGGUCUCUCCCAUAUGUCGUGUCUCUCGGUGUAUUCAUGUCGUACGUCCGUCUCGGUGUGUGUGUUGCGGUGUACCUAUCGCGAAACGGUGAGCCAUUUCGGAGUGCUUUGUAAUGUCGAGCGCGACUUUUCGGCCCUCGUGUCUGUAUGUGGCGUAUUUGGUCCCCCUCCACCUUUGGAGGGAGUUGAUCAAGAAGUUGAUGUCACUCGGCUGACAGGGAUGUCACUCGAAAGAUGCGCUAUGUAUGGCCUUGAAUGUGCUUCUCUCGCGACACUCCGUCAACGCUUUGACAAAACAAUCACGUGCCUUUGUUAAAAUUCGUCCAUCGUUCAAAGUAACUACAAAGCUGGGAUGUUGUAUCGCUUGAUGCUAAUGCCUGCCUUUUUGAGCCUUGCUAGCUUCUCUCGUACGCGGGUAUAUGUGUACAAGAUCUGUCAUCAAAAUGUUUAAUGAUAUUCAAGACAGGCCUUUUCAAAGUAGUUGUAUUGGCAACGUCAACAUUGGGCAUUUUUGGUGUCAUUAAAUAAAUGAAACGUAAAA